AUUUGGCAACCAGCAGCAACUACAAAUGUCUGGUCAGUUCAUCGACAGCCUACUUCUGAUCCUAGCGUGGAAGGACCUUACGGGUAGCCAGUCUCAGGAUGGCCAUGAUGUCGGUGCGGGUCGGUGUUGGGACCGGGGGAUGGAGGCCGGGACUGGACGGGGAGGAGACUACAGAUGCGGGGUGGUACAAUGUGGCUCUGUGAGGUCGUCCUGCUCUCAGUGGACGCAUGAGAGCUGAGGAUAGCCGGAGCAAAGUGAAGCAAAGUUGGUGUUAAAGAUAGUCUACCUCCCAGAGUGACCAUGAGAGUCCUCCUACUCAUCUGCAUGCCAGUUCUGCUGCUCGCCCAGGCUCAGUACCAGGAUCCGUAUCCUUUUUUGGAUGACUAUGGGCCAGACUACUUUCAAGUGCCUGUAAAUCCUGACUCUCAUACUGAUACCUACCAGCAGCAGGUUCGACUCGAGCCAGCGGUCCGUUCAGAAGAAUCAGAGUCUGAUUUGGUGACAGAGCCGACAGAGCCUGGCCCUCUUGAUUGCCGAGAGGAGCAGUAUCCCUGCACCAGACUCUACUCUGUUCACAAGCCAUGCAAGCAGUGCCUGAACAGCCUCUGCUUCUACAGUUUGCGACGGGUGUACAUCAUCAACAAGGAGGUGUGCGUGAGGACCGUGUGUGCACAUGAUGAGCUGCUCAGAGCGGACCUGUGCCGCGAUCAGUUCUCUCGCUGCGGCGUUGCGGCGCAUAGCGGCCAGUGUGCAUCACUAGGACCAAGCUGUGGGAAGAGCUGUGGUGGCUGCUGAUUGACUCCAGAGAUCACCUGCCCAGAUACUGCCACUUUUUCUACCACUCACCCACAUCCUCUUACUGCAUCCUCCUUCUUCAUCCCAGUUUCUCCUCACUUUGCCUUUUGACUCUUCCUGUACAACUUAUUACUCGUGCGAAAAACAUGUUUUGUGUAAGUUUAUCUUACACAAAA